CGUCCACCACCACCACAAACCGCUUUCCUUCUCCGCCACCCAACUUCAACACCAAUGGCCCCCAAACCCGCUUCCACUGCUGGCAAGGCUCCUGCCUCCACCGCCUCCAAGGCCCCCGCAAAGUCUGCAGAGGCAUCCAAGGCCGCUAAGAAGACCUCCAAGCCUGCACCUGCCGAUGGCGAGAAGAAGAAGCGAAAGAAGGUCCGAAAGGAGACUUACUCUUCCUACAUCUACAAGGUCCUCAAGCAGGUCCACCCCGACACUGGUAUCUCCAACAAGGCCAUGGCCAUUUUGAACUCCUUUGUCAACGACAUCUUCGAGCGAAUUGCCACGGAGGCUUCCAAACUCGCUUCUUACUCCAAGAAGUCCACCAUCUCGUCAAGAGAAAUCCAAACUGCUGUGCGCCUCAUCCUCCCUGGUGAACUCGCCAAGCACGCUAUCUCUGAGGGCACCAAGUCAGUAACCAAGUUCUCGUCCGCUGGUGCCAAGUAAUUGGGUUCUUUCGUUGUAAUUUAUCUCUCGUCGCAUUUGUAUUGUUAUCAUUUGUACAUUGUAAUGCAUGCUUUCAUUUCUCGGUCUCGAA